CCGAGGGUGCAAACGAGUAUCCGUGCACCUACACAAAUAAGAACCUUGUCACACAACUCAAAUUCAGAUAUCAAAGAACGAUCUUUUCACCAUAUCUGCUGAUUAAAUUUUGGGAGUUGUUUAAGCUUGUGCCUUCGGCUCAAGGGCAUUCGGGCAUGUCUGGAUUCUAAUAUUGUUGACUUGUGUUGUCAGUGUUUGUUGUCUAUUGCUUUCUGUAGUAAAUGUAAGUGCAUUUGAUGGGUCAUCGACCCGCAUUUUCUUCCAUCUUUUCUAGCUCUCACGCUACUUUGCUUGUUUCGUUAGUCCACACAGUACCUUCUGGUUAGACUCAAACCGUUACAAUAGCCUGUGAGUUGCAAUGCAUUCAAGAUCUUACACACAUCCUUCAUGCUUUCUCAGUUAGGUUGCUUUCUAUUGUUUGUAUUCGUGGUACAUGCUAUCGUGGAUGCUUUGUUUGAUACAACGCAACCACUAACUAAAUACAAGCAUUUUAAAGAUUAUAGACCACAUAGCGACAGUUCUAUCUUUCUAAAACUUAUACCAACUGACAGGUCUUGGGAAGUACGGUUAGGUAGUAAGAAAAUUCAUGAUUCAGGUGCCGAAAACCGUAAGCAAACCGAUGUCUACUGACAUUUCGUGAUAUAUUUACGUUAUUCUGUCAGUAGUCAUGUUCGCAGUUCAUUGACUAUUUGUGGUACAUAGUGUAACAUCCCAAUCUCCCAAGUUUGGGGGAAUUCUGGGUAAGUUUUGGGAAACUUCCAAAGUCAGAUGACCAAAUUUCCUCCGAAAUUGGAAGCUUGGGAUAUUUUGGCUUCCUAUAAAUGACAUUAUUAUGCUUCAUUUCCUUCUUGUUUAUCUGUUCUGUGAGAAAUUGUUUGAUGGAAUCAGGUUGUACUUUUUAAAGCAGGUGAAAACACAUCGCACACGUUCAAACAUGUCAGAAAGAUAAGGAUUCCAUUUGCAAAACUUGGAAAAUUGUUCGGCGUAAUGGAAGUCAUAACUAUACCCGCCUUGUCGGAUAACUACAUGUAUGUAGUUAUCGACAGAGCAUCAAAUAUAUGCGCAGUUGUGGAUCCAGUGGAACCUGAUAAGAUUUUGAGUGCAGUCACGCAACGCGGUUUGCGACUUGAAUCUAUAUUAACAACUCAUCAUCACUCGGACCACGCUGGAGGAAACCUUGACCUUGUAACUAAAUGCAGGAAACAAGGCUUAGAGGGAGUAAAGGUGUAUGGAGGAGAUGAUCGUAUUAGUGGUUUGACUGAUACUGUGUCUCACGGACAUAAAAUAAAGAUUGGUAGCAACCUCAAUGUUUGUUGCUUGGCUACACCAUGUCAUACUACUGGUCAUAUAUGCUAUCUGGUUACCGAAGAAAACAGUACCAAAGAAGGGGUGGUAUUUACUGGCGACACGUUGUUCCUUGGGGGUUGUGGAAGAUUUUUUGAAGGGACCGCUGAACAAAUGUAAGUCAAUGUAACUUUUGGCCAUCUAUACCUCAAACUGGUUGAGAUUAAAACUACUAAGUCCCAAUUCUGGCUAAGUAGCAAACUCGUUAGUGAGAAGUUUAAAGCUCUCAAACUCAGUCUCGUGUAAAGUAACCCUUCCACUGUGUGGGAAACCAGGAAGUGAUAACCACCCUCACACUUCUAAGAGCAUUCGAGACCACCGUAUUUCUCUCGUAUAAAGUUAACGACGAUCACUUGAGAAAUCCCAAGUAAAAUGAGGCUUUACUGUUUGGUCUAGUAUUUUGUUAGCUGCGAUCAACUUGUUAUAAACACUACCUUCAGGUUGACCAGAUCCUCAAAAUCAAGUAUUCAACCAGUCUCAAUCAGCUUAGACUUCAUUUCAGAGCAAGCAGUAAUCCCGAUUUCAAGUGCAUAAACUUAGUGUAUUCUGUCUUAUAAGUCGCUGGUCCAUUAUGCUUUUAUUUUCUCUGGUCAUUUUGUCCAUAAAAGGCCUUUAAAACUGUCAGACUUGUUCACAUCCUAGACAUGCACUGUUACUCUAGACAGUCAGAAGGUUGGGUUCUGUCACCGUCUUCACCAAACGUAACUGUCAUCUGCGUAUCCACAGGUCACAAGUAAUUCUCCUAGUAGCUCAAUUUCUAAAAUGUCAAACCAUGAGAGCGCUUCCUGCCAAAGAGUGUCUAUCAAAGCUGUGUAGAUUUGAGAAAAGCGGGAAGCCCUGACGAAGCAUACAACUUGUGGUUGGUAACUGCGAUGACUUUCCCAUAAAUUGUAACUUGACCACUAAUGUUUGAGGAGAGUGUGUAUAAGGUUUAUUUAUUUCUCUGCCGAUUUGCGAAGUGGAACUCCGCCUUAAGAUCAGUAAAUGCAUCUUUGGUUGGAAGUCAGUAGAUAUGUCUGUAUUCCAGGAUCACGACCAGGUUUAAAGUAGUCUUUGUCUUCUCGGGAUCGAUCUUUACGAGUCGUAGUUAAGCGUUAGGUAAUUGUUGAGGCUAAUAUUCCAUACAUUAUGUUAGUCAAACUAACUUUUGUAGUUAUCAUAAAAGGGUUUCUGUCCUCAUUAAUCAAGAAAACCAGCUAUCGAGACACCAGGUGAGAUUACAUCAAGUUUCCAGAUUCUAUAUAAUAUCUAUCAAUCUAAUUACUAAAACCGGACUCUCAUUCCUAGAGAGUAGUCCAUCAGGACCUCUCAUUUUAGAUUCCCUAUGGUCAGGUAGCUUAUAAUGUCGUCUCAUUGAGGUUAUUUAUCAACCGUAGGAGACUGAAGUUCAGUUAAGCUGUUCUUGGAGGUACUAUCCCCAUCAUUCCAAUCUCGCUUAUGUUGAGUAAAUCGUUACUCCAUCUCCCGAGAUAUUUUGAUUAAAUUCCGAAUCCCGAAUAUCUAUUCACUUGACAAGUCCGAAAAGUUGUACAUUGUUAUCUAUAGCUACAAACCUUUCCGCCUCUUUUUGCUAACGCUCUCAACACUACUGCACAGCGAAAGCAGGAAAGUUACACACCAUUGUGCUGUUGUCUUUCACACUAAAUAACUUUGUACUCAGAUCUUUUUAUCGUCACCGUGUUUUCUCAUUGUUCGUAUUUCAAAAAAUUAAGCCUUAAAAUAUCAUAUACGUUUGUACAGCUUGAUAUUAAGUUCUUUGAAAGGUCUCUUCGCUGAAUUUCGGUGUUUCAGUGUUCUUUAUUGAAUUAUUGGUAUAAACGCAAAUACUAGUUAAAAAUGGAGAAGGGUGACCCUAUGGAUUCAUAUUUACUGGGUUGGAUUUCGAACCAAUAUUUUCAACAUUUCUUAAGUUCCUGAGGAUUACCAUGGCUAAGUUAGUGUUUCCAAUCACCAAGCGAGACAGCAUCUUUUUUUUUAAAGUUGCUACGGCGGAACAAGUAGUGGUAAAAUGUAUUUAAAUAAAAAGAGAGUUGAAUAGUGGCUAACAGAGGAAUCCGGGAGGCACGUUUCUUCCCAUAUGGGGUUCGAUGAUUGUUUGUGUCCACCCGUGUUUGUGCUUACGCUGAGAUUCAAACCCACUACCUUUUACUUCAAGCAACCACUCAGCUAUUAGGUCACAAUAGGAGAGAACACAUGUAUUGUAUUCUACUGCUAGCCAUUGUCCAACUCGGCUUAAAAUCCUUGUGACUCCGUGAUAAUAUUGAGUCAAUCCGCUUAAGAUACACAUCCUAGAAGAAAGUGAUCAUUUGCAGUUCCUAACACCAAUGAGAAGAUUCACUCAAUCUUCCCAAAUAUGAUUUGAGCAGAAAGCUAUAACGGCAAAAGCAUCACGUCUUUAAGAUGUUUGUACUCGAUAGUCCGGAAAUACUGACCAGAGUGGUCAGCAUCAGUUCAUUAUUUGUUUUACCAGGGUAACUCAUUUUUGUGUCGCAUUGAGAAAUACCUUUAUAUAUAUUUUGGAUUUUAAUGUAGGUUUAAAGCACUUAUUGAGGUUCUUUCCAAGUUACCAACAACAACGAAAGUCUAUUGUGGGCACGAAUAUACUGUAAAAAAUCUUGAAUUUGGCUUAACUGUUGAGCCAAAAAAUGACGCGCUUAAACACCGGUUAGAAGCUGUAAAACGUUUACGUGCGUCUAAUCAAGCAAGUGUUCCCGGUACAAUCGGAGAGGAAUUAGCAACCAAUCCUUUCAUGCGAGUUUGUGAACCAGAUGUGCUCGCACAUGCGAAAACUACCGAUCCCAUCAAAGCCAUGAAAACCAUUCGCGAAGAAAAAGAUCACUUUUAGAUUUGAAACUGAUUUGUCUUACGAUAACAGCGAUAUAUUGCAAUUUCUUCAACGAAGUCAGUAUGUCUUUUUAUAUUUUCGAACAUUUAAUAUGCUGAACAUUGAUAAAACAUAUUAAAUAAAUAAAUAAAAUUGGUACUAAUGAGUUGUUUGUUUUGUGGUUAAAUUCAGGGAUUUACAUUGUCCUGGUUUCGAUGACCAAGGAUAUGUUGUGCUUCAGUCCUCUAAUACACUUAAAACCUCUGA